AGUGAUAUGAGAGAGAGCAUAGUAGCUCGCCUUACUUCUGCAUGACAAAGAAAGCGCUAGUCGCUACUCUCAUGGUCGCCAUAUGUUGGAGUUCUGAACUGGUCCUCAGCUCCGUCAGGCCCCUGGGCCAGGCCCACCUCGCCAUAAGUAACCUACGCAGGCUGCGUCUCCAUCAUCACCAUGCAUCGGAGGCGGCGGAGGCGGGCGAGUCUCCUUGUCAUGGCGACGCUGCUCUCUUCCUGUUCUUCCAGCGCUCACGAAUGGACCACAAGCGGCAACUGCCCCGCACGCUGCGCGUCCGGCACCGCGUUAUGCCUCGCAUCACCACAGGACGGCGAGUGCGUGGCACUGACCCAAACCGCAGCCGCAGACGAGUGGCGCGUAGCGCUGGAGGACUCGACGAGCUACCAUUUCGGCGCUGUGGCGCUCUCGCCCUGGGUGCGGAAGCUGGAGCUGCACGGGAACAAGACGCGCAUGACAUUCGACGUCGCCAGCCGCUGGAAGGGCGAGCACCUGACCGCGCUGCUAUUUAUUGGCCUGGACUUAACCAACACCUCGCUUCCGGCUUUACCUAGCUCACUCACACAGGUGCAGAUUGUGGACUGCGUGCUGAACAGGCUUCCCGUUGCGUGGCUACUGUCGCUGCCCAGACUCGAGACACUGGUGCUCGCGAACAACACGCUGACAGGUGAAAGGCAAAUGCUGAUGGAGCUCAGUGAACGACAGUUUAAGCUGCUAAGCUCUCGACUUACGGAGGAGCCAGCUAUUGAGACGGAGUUGGACGAAAUGCAGACGAAAGAGUGCACGAACGACCGAGGAGGCCGCAUAGGGGAAUUAAAUGGCUGGCAGAUGUGCGUUGUCCCCGACGAAAUUGCUGUGGCUCGACGCCUCCAAACAUCAGUAGGCUUUGGCUCGGGUGGAACCCAGGUAGAAGACACUAGCGACGAGACGGAUGGGUCGAGUUCUUCGUCCGAUGACGACCAUCACACGCCGACACUCGUCCUGCUCAGUAUGGGCUUGCCAUUCAUCUACUUCUUGUACAAGGUGGCUCUCUAUAUCUUCUUCAUGCGGACCUACAACCGGAGUCCCAAAGAAAGCAAGAAACCCGACAUUGGUACGGCAAACGACAGUGAACGGGACCGCCCGACAGCGAAUGAGUCGACCACUUCUCCACCUGCAAGCCCCUCGCCCCGGGUACAUCGAAAGCAGGACAAACAACCAUUCUCCAGCAAUAACGCUGGGUUCUGGGUGGACGAGGAGCUGCAGCCAUGGCGGUUGGACUUCCAGCGCUUGAAAAUGCUUAAAUGCCUCAACUUGUUGCCUUCAGAGAAGCGCCAGACGCUGCGCAAGCAAAGCGUGACGAGUGCUAUGAAUCCUCGAGAGAUUUGGCUGGCGUCUUUAGCACCAGCAAAGGGAUCAGCCGUGGCAGUGUCACCUGGGGGAGGCACUACUGAUACUUUGGUGGUGGCAAAGUUUUUGGUCCCUAAGGAAGACCAGGGACCGCGUUCGUCUGCAAGUGGCAAUGGCGGUGGAGGCGCGAGUGAUAAACUCAAGAGCGAGUUGAAGCGUCAAGCUGUAUUUUCACAUCCGCAAGUCGUGGCUUUCCUUGGAGUGGCCUGGUCGCGCGAAACGAACCUGGUCGCUAUUACGGAGUAUAUGGCUCAAGGUGAUCUUCGACAGUGGCUUCAUCGUACAGCGAGACAGCAAAGUGGCAAAUGGACAGUACUCAAAGUUCAAAUGUUGCUGGACGUGAGCAGAGCGUUGCUAUACCUUCACUCCAUGCAGCCACGUCUAGUGCACGGAAAUUGCAACUCUCGGAACGUGUUGUUGGACCGAUCGCUGCGUGCCAAACUGAGCGAUUUUGGCGUGGACAGUCGAGCUGAUGGUCUUACCGAGCAGGAGCUUAUGUCGUACAGCGCAGUGGGCUCUGGUCGUUGGAUCUCACCAGAAGCUCUUCUAGGCCGCGAGACUAGCGCUUCGUACCCGGACGCGAGCGACGUGUACUCGUUUGGAAUCCUAAUCGCCGAGAUGGAUUCGCAUGAGCUACCGUUCUCGGAUCUGAUGCAGGCGAACCGGUCUGCUGUGCCCGAGACGGACAUCCUACAGCUCAUUGCCAGAGGCGCACUGUCACCUACGCUGUCUCCCGCGUGUCCGAAGAGCAUCGUGAAGCUUGUGAACGCGUGCACCAGCUACAAGCCCAAGUACAGACCUAGCAGUACACAAGUGCAGCAGGAUCUCCUGCGUAUCUUGGAAGAUUUUCGUGCAAUUGAGAAUAACACGACGGCUACCAUAUCGGUUGGAGCACCGCGCUCAAACCCGCCGUCGAAUUUGGUAUGAGGCUGCUUCCGUGCAGCUCGAUAGUAUAGGGAGUUUUGAAGCCCGUAAAGCAGAUAUUUGUUAAGCCUGUCCAUCGUGUUCGUAUACACUUUUCUUGCUGUUACCAGCGAGCUCAGCAUUACUGUAUCGCUGGUGUGGCAAAUUGUGUCACAAGACCACAGCUGAUCAGCGAAGACGAGUCGGAGUGAUCGUGUACUGCGACCCAGGCUGGGUCAGCAGCGCGAUCCCGACUUGUCUGUUGUUCCACACGCUGUCAAUCGAAGCCUGCAAGAUCGUUAUGGACACGCCCUCUUCGGCUUGUGCAGAAGCCUCCAUUUCUGUUGAGCCAUAAUCUAUUCGAGUUGUGAAAGGCGAGUGUUCAGUACAUUUCGGCCGAAUACAUUUUUCCGCUCCAUUUCAUC